GAGAGAAUGGCAAACUUCCUGAAGCUCACCACCAUUCUCUCCCUUAUGGUUUUGGCUUUGCUCCUAGCUUCGCAAUACCCAAUGGCCUUCUCGUCCGAGCUCGAGGACGAAGACGACGAGGAGUACGUGCUCGAUGCUCCGAAUCCGAACUUCAGAUCCAAAAGCAGGUUCUUGGCCAGCAUUAUCAAGAAAGGAGCGCAUUGCGACCCCGUCAAGUACAACAUCUGCAAUGGGAUUUCGGCAAACAAUGGAACGAGCAUUCUGCACUGCUGUAAGACUCAUUGUCGUAACAUUCUCGGAGACCGGAAUAACUGCGGGAAGUGCGGGCGCAAGUGCAAUCAGGGACAGCUUUGCUGCAAUGGAAGUUGUACGUAUGUUGCUUACAACGCCAAUCACUGUGGCAAGUGUGCUAGGAAGUGCUCGGCUGGGGUUAAAUGUGAGUCUGGAUACUGUGGGUAUGCUUAAACUAUAGAUUCGUUAAUAAAUAUUGAUUAAUUACGUACGUGAUGUUUGUGGUUAUACUCACACGAGAAGCAGAUUAGAGUGGACAGAAUCGAACUCUUACCAUGCAUGUAUAGAGGAAGAUGAAUAAGUGGUUUACACUGAACUGAGCUAGCUAGCUAGAAGAUACAGCUCCCAAGUUUUGUAUUUCUUUGCUGCGUGUAUGCUUAAUUAGCUAUUUGUGUCACAAUAUAUUAAUAAGAACUCAUGCAAGAUACGUGCGUUUGAGUGUCUAGUGUUAUUUUGAUCAUCUAAUAACACCUCAUACAUUUUUAAUUU